AUGUCGCCCAUCAAACUAGACUCGCCCGCGUCUUCCCCGCAAGGAGAACUUUCAUCACAAGAGGAAACUGGGAAACCUGUGCUGGAUGUUGCUACCCUUUUGAAGACUAUGGAUUUCGCGGCGACGAAACACGAGAAUCAACGGAGAAAGAACAAGCAUGCUACACCUUAUAUCAACCAUCCUCUCGGAGUGGCAAACAUCCUCUCGACCUACGGCGUGACCCACUUGGCGACCCUCCAAGCGGCCGUCUUGCACGAUACCGUCGAGGAUACAGAUACGGACAUCGAAGAGAUCGCCAGGGAAUUCGGGGACGAGGUAGCCAGGAUCGUCGAGGAAUGUACCGACCCACCUGACAUGUGUGCGAGAGCCAGGAAGGAUCUGCAGGUGGCCACCGCAGCGAAGAAGAGCAAAGAGGCGCAACAGGUGAAAUUGGGGGACAAGCUGCAUAAUUUGAGGAGCAUCUUGGAAGAUCCACCGGUGGGAUGGACGGCGAAACGGUGUCAAGAUUAUUUCCGCUGGGCAAAGAACGUCACCGACAUCUGCCUGCCCUCGCUCCCCCUGAUCCAGAUUCCCCUGGACGAGAUCUACCUAAAACGACACUUCGUACUCGACGGCAAGGCUUACAAGUGUCACCCCGAUUUGGGGGACAAGACAGGCAAGAUCUCGGACGAGGAGCAGAGGAGGAUCAAGAGCCUGAUCGAGAGGGAAAAGAGGGAGAAGAAGCGGGGGUGGGAGUCGCCCAUCUAUACGUAA